CACGACUGAAGACCGCAGGGCUGCAUGCGGUUGAGAUCCUGCCAACCGACGGACCGCAACCCGUAGUGUACGGCGAGUGGUUGGGCGCCACUGACCCACGGGUCCCAACCGUCCUGGUGUACGGCCAUUACGACGUGCAACCCGUGGAUCCCAUUGACGCCUGGGAGACACCGCCCUUCCAGGUUGUCAAGCGCGACGGCUACUACUACGGUCGCGGGGUGGACGAUGACAAGGGCGGGCUGCUGGAGGCGCUGCAGGCGGUAGAGGCCUGGCUGCAGGAAACGGGUGCCGUACCGGUCAACGUCAAAUUCCUGUUGGAGGGCCAGGAGGAGGUGAUGUCACCGCACCUCAGCUCCUUCCUGCGCGCCCACACCGCCCGCCUGUCCGCGCACCUCGCGCUGUCAGCGGAUGGCGGGCAGCCGGGGCCGCAGCGGGGCGGCAUCUCGCUGGGGCUGCGGGGCAUCGUGAGCGCGGAG